AAAAGAACAAAAGUUCCACAACUAGCGCAUGGAAUUUGUUCUCUCCUCAUAAUGAAGAUAAAAUUCUUUUUCAUUCUGCAAGCUUCCAUACUGGUUUUUGAUCCGUCUUUAAAUUGAACAAUCACAUCGGAUAAAAUUCGCCUCGAAAGUUAGGCUUAGUACCAAGAAUUGCAGAUUUUUUCAAAUGUCCGCAUCUACCGUCUCCGUUACGGCGAAUCAAGGGCCAACCACUCGCCGCCGAGCAGUCGAGAAGAAUCCUCCCACUGGGGGUCCAGAUUUAGCCGCCGCCAAUGUCACAGUGGCUGAAAAUAAAGACGCCAGGCUGACAGCCGGUGACACGGCCGCUGCAAUUUUGAGGGAUGCGAGGAAAACCCCGGCCCAAACCCAGUCGAAAAAGUCUGGCCUGGCCCGGAAGUCAACGAAGCCGCGAUGGCUGACUGCAGUUAGCAUUCUCACUAAGAAUUUAGCGUUACUUGUAGUUAUAUUGGGGUUUGUGCAGAUGAUUCGGUGGGUGGUGUUGAAUUCGGGCCCUGAUACGAGAGAUUUUUCAGUGAUUUCCGGGGAUUUUGACGGGAGGUUUGCUGAGGUGGAGAAGUUUGUUAAGACGACAGUGAAGGCAAUGCAGGUUCAGGUGAAUGCCAUUGAUCGGAAACUCGAGGAUGAGAUUAGUUUGGUGAGGAGGGAGUUUGAUGAGAAAGUGGAAAAGAAGGGGGACGAAAUGGAUUUGAAGUUGAAAGCAUUGGAUGCAAGAAGUGAUGCUUUUGAGAAGUUUAUGGAUGAGUUUAGAACUAAGAGUUUGCUGUCAAAGGAAGACUUUGGUGAGUUUUUUGAGGAGUUCAAAAAGGCCAUGGAAAACCCUGGUCGUGGUGAGGUUAGUUUGGAUGAGAUUAGGGAUUAUGCAAGGGAGAUUGUGGAGAAGGAAAUUGAGAGGCAUGCGGCUGAUGGAUUGGGUAUGGUGGAUUAUGCAUUGGCAUCAGGAGGGGGCAGGGUGCUGAGGCAUUCGGAGCCAUAUGGUGGUGGGGUUUGGUUUCUGAAUAGGGUUAGUCCUGAAGCGGGAAAGAUGAUUAGGCCAAGCUUUGGGGAGCCUGGGCAAUGCUUUCCUCUCAAAGGGAGCAGUGGCUUUAUUGAAAUCAGGCUAAGGUCUGCCAUUGUUCCAGAAGCUGUGACUCUGGAACAUGUAGCUGAGAGUGUUGCUUAUGAUAGGUCCAGUGCCCCCAAGCACUGUAGAGUUUCUGGAUGGCUGCAAGAACAAGAUUCAACUGAUUCGGAAGUUGGUAGUAAGAAGAUGCUUCUUUUGACUGAAUUUACCUACGACCUUGAGAAGAGUCAUGCUCAAACUUUUAAGGUGGAGUCAGCAUCAUCUAAUCUUGUGGACACUAUUAGGAUUGAUUUUACAUCCAACCAUGGGAGUGCUACUCAUACAUGCAUCUACCGACUAAGGGUACAUGGUCAUGAACCGAGCUCUGUCCCAAUGUUGGAAAAGCAAUCGUGAUGCAGCCUCUAGUUCUUUGUUACUCGUGUUUUGUUUUUAGCACACUUUAUUUUAGUUCGCUUAUGUAUCCUCUAGGAGUUGUUUCAUCUUGUGAACUUUGUGUAAAUUUCUUAGCCGAUUACGUGUUCCCAUGUCCUAGAUGCUACCUACUACCGGCCCUGUUUGUCUUCCGUAUCUAGGAGCUUGAUGUAGAAAUGUUCUGCAAAAAUUGUCACGUCUUUUGUGUAAGUUAAAUGUAUCAUCAUCAGCCAUAUCAAAUCUUGUCACAUACCUGUUGGUGGAUUUACCAAU